UGUUCUGUAUUUGGUGAACUAAGCUGUCUCAAGCUGGGACAGAAGCUGAUCUGGAUUGAUAAGGAUCCCAGAAAUGGGAUUAGCUAGGUGAGCGUGCUGAUGUAAUAAAACGUGGAAGUGGCUACAAGACAACAGAUCAGACACCUGAUGGUGGCAUGGCAGAGUUUGGAAUUAUGAAUUACAUCAAGGAAAGUCACUCCAGAGACUGGACUGAUGGUACUUGCUCGCUGACACACCGAAAUAUCUGCUUCACUCAGCUACAGAAUGCCUCGGCUCCUGGGUAAUAGCAGUUCACGUGAAGAGGCUGCUGUAUAUUAUGCAUCAGGAUCCAUUGUCUCCAUGGCUAUCUUCAUCAUAGUUUUCAUUAUUGGUAUCCCAGGGAAUGGAUUGGUGAUCUGGGUGGCUGGUCUGAAAAUGAAAAGGUCUGUGAACAUUAUCUGGUUCCUAAACCUUGCUGCGGCUGACUUCAUGUGCUGCUUGUCCUUGCUGUUUUCCAUUGUUCACCUGGCCCUCCGUGAACACUGGCCGUAUGGUUGGUUCCUCUGCAAAGUCAUUCCAUCGGUCAUAAUCUUCACCAUGUUUGCUAGCGUCUUCAUACUCGUGGCCAUCAGCAUUGACCGCUGCCUCCUUGUGAUGAAACCUGUCUGGUGUCAAAACCAUCGAACAGGGAAAUUUGUGUCACUAAUAUGCAGUGGCAUUUGGAUCCUGGCCUUCAUUUUCUGCUGUCCUGUCCUUCACUACCGUGAGACUAGCACUCAUGAUGGCAAAACCGAGUGUGGGUACAAAUUUGGAGAUGAUGAAGUGCUAGAUUAUAUGAACGAUUCCAUAAAUGAGGUACUGGAAAAAUACUCAUUUUUAGCCUACAAUGGUAACGACUCAUGGGCAAAUUUCUAUGAAAGUGAUUAUUCUGUACCCCUUGCCAUAGUGGUCAUAAACAUCACUAGGGCUGUUUUUGGCUUUGUACUCCCCUUUGGCAUAGUGGCAUUUUGCUAUGCCCUUAUUGCUUUCAGAACGCGUGCCAACCGCUUUCACAAGCCACACAACAGGAUGCUGCGAACAAUUGUGCUCGUGAUAGCUGCAUUCUUCAUCUGCUGGGCUCCAUACCACGUAGUUGGGAUUCUGUCCCUUGUACCUACUCUUGAAACAGGACUGAGGGAGUCAUUGAUCCUCUGGGAUCACCUCUCUACAGCACUUGCCUAUGCCAACAGCUGCAUCAACCCCCUGCUCUAUGUUUUUGUGGGACGGGACUUCAGGGCAAAGGCACGGCAGUCAGUGCAAGGAAUCUUGGAAGGUGCCUUUACUGAGGAACCAAUGCAUUCAACCCCUUACUCCUUUGACAGAAGCAAGACUUCAACAGAGAAGGACAUCAGCAGCACAGUGUAAUGCAGGACUUCCCAUCACCACUGUAGAAAGAGCGAGCUAUGUCCUUGCGCAUCAAUCACUCUCCACUUAACAGCUUUUUUUUUUUUUUCUCCAACACAUUUGAUUAAUCUGCAGAUCCACACACGGGGCACGGAGAUGGUUCAGAUCAGAACGACUAACCCCCUUUACAUCCUGCUCUAGAGAGACGGGAAAUCGGAAGUACCAAGAGUAGUAAUGCGAGGGAAGGCUCUGGUGAAGCGGGAGACACAGGGUACUUUAAAGAAGAAAGCCGGCUUGCAGAAUGAUUUGUGGUGGGAUCAUGUAGUUUAACCUCUGAAUUGCUAGAUGAGAACGUCAUUAGAAUUAUUUGCAUAUGUCUGUUCUGUAUCUCCCGUCUCUGAUAAACUGCAGAUGAAACUAACUUUGGUGUCUCUCCUUGGAAUCUGUCAUGUCAUCUUUCCUCUCCUUUGGCUACGCUUGCUGUCUGAGGGUUUUUUUUCUCCUGAGGAUUUACUUAAGAGCGCAGUGCUACAUUUUCUGAUAGCAGUGCAUUAGAACAGCGCGUGGCCCUGUCAGCAGCAUUGAACUGAAUUUCAUGCCCUGGUAGAUGCCCAAGGUAUUUCUUUGUCCUAUCCAAUACUUCACUGUACAGUAGUACCUGGUCCAAUGCACAUGCUGUAGCUACGUUUGUUGGCAUGCACUCAGUCACUCCCUCCACAACCAGAGUCCCGCAUCUUCCUUUUAGGAAGUAGUCCAAGAUUAUCCAAAUAUACCCAUCGCGUUUUAAGAUGGCACACGUGCAGAAUUUGAGGAACUGCAGUCAUUGAUGAACCAGAUCAGGUGGCUGCUGGACUAUGAGCCAUUUGGUAAAACCCCUGGCAUUGAGAAGAGAUAACCUCUAGCCUGACCCUAAGGAGGUGGGGAAGAAGCCUGUUGCAGCACAGUCAUA